AUGGCGAGUUUGAUCUUCUUCUGGGCAACCAUUCAGCAGAUCUUCCCCGAACACUUCAAGAUUGCGAUAAAGGAGUUCUUCCUCUCCGCAUUCCAACAGCUCUCCUUCGUCCAGAGGCUUUCAGACAAGAUCGUCACCUUGUUCUCCCCCUACGUCGAGAUCAAAGUCCCCGAAUACGAGGACUACCGUUUCAACCACGCCUUUUCCGCAAAGACCUACCUCGGGGCGAAAGCAACGGACAGGGCGAAACGCCUCAGGGCAAGCCAGUUGAAGGAGAGCAAAGGGUUGGUCCUGAAACGGGACGAGACGAGGGUCAGAGACGAGUUUGAGGGUACUGUGAAUGUCUGGUGGGAGUUUGUAACAACUUCCGAAGGCGAAAGAUGUUACAAACUCACUUUUCAUAUACGCGUACAGGCUAUUGUAACUGGCAAGUAUAUACCGCACGUGAUGGAAGAAGGGAAAUCUAUCGAGGCCAAGAACAAGAAGAUGAAGCUUUUCACGAAUAACCCGAGCUGGGCUUGGGAUUCUUCUUCGAACAAGAGGGUGUUGUGGAGACACAUUGAUUUCAAGCACCCUGCAAGUUUUCAGACACUGGCAAUGGAUCUGGGGAAGAAGGAAGAGAUCGUCAAUGAUCUCGUUGCCUUCACAAAGGGGAAGGAUUAUUACAAGAAGAUCGGUAAGGCGUGGAAGAGAGGCUACCUUUUCUACGGACCGCCAGGAACUGGAAAAUCCACCAUGAUCGCUGCCAUGGCUAACUUUCUCAACUACAACAUCUAUGAUCUCGAACUCAUGGCUAUACAGAACAACUCCGAACUGAGAAAGCUCCUCACUGCUACAUCGAGCAAAUCCAUCAUUGUGAUUGAAGAUAUCGAUUGCUCUCUUGAUCUCACGGCAGAACGAAACAAGAAAAAGGAGAGAGAGUUGAGCAAGAAGAAGAAAGACGAAGAACGAGGGAAGGAGGGACUUCUGAACUUCAUUGAUGGAGUCUGGUCGGCUUGUGGGCAAGAGAGGAUCAUUGUGUUUACCACUAACCAUUUGGAGAAACUCGACCCUGCUCUGAUCAGGAGAGGAAGAAUAAUGGACAUGCAUAUAGAGUUGUCUUACUGUACUUUCGAAGCCUUCAAGAUUCUCGCAAAGAAUUACCUCGAUCUUGAUUCUCAUCCUCUGUUUCGAAAGAUCGAAUCUUUGUUGAAGGAGACAGAGAUCGCUCCGGCUGAUGUUGCAGAGAACUUGAUGCCAAAAGAUCACGAAAUAGACAUCGAUGGAUCCUUGAACCACCUGAUUCGAGCUCUGGAGAGGGCGAAGAGGAAACAAAAGACACAAACUGAUGAAGACAAGGAGAAAUUCGCCACAGGACGUUCAAAAAUUUCAGAGAACUUCGUAAAUUGUUUUCACCUCGAUCAUUUUGAGUGUUCUUGAGUUAUAUCUCGUAUUCUUGGUCUUAGAUUGGAGGUAUCAUCUACUCCUGUAGAAGUAAAUAACAUGAACAGUUCAGUUAUGUCUUACAAUGUCAUCAAACUUUGUCUAAGAUGAAACUGUUCAUGAAAAACCCAACAUGCAUCUGAAUCUUACAAUAAGCAUUCCUGGAAUCAUAUAGAGUUCAGGCACU